CACGAACCUAGUCUAACAGGUUGUUCAAGUCGUCGGUACCACAUCUGCGUCACUGCGAUAAAAGCCGGUGCUAUAGACCUCAAUGUUAGAGCCAGGGAGAUGAAUAUUCUUGGGGAAUAAGCUUACCAAUGCCAGCCUCAAAGAUACCCAGGAAUAGGCGGCAAACCAACAGUCCAGCAAAGUUAUUCGCGGCUGUCAUGCAGGACAAGGCAAUACCCCAUAGAAGAACAGAGGCAGCCAUGAACUUGCCCAUGGGCACUUUGACUAGGAGAUAGGAAACCAGGGGCUGGAAGACCAGCUGGGCCAAGUAGACCACGGAUCCCAGCCAGGAGUACAUCUUGCCAUGCAAAUGGGCUUUCUCCACCAGUCCGAAAACAGACGCGUAGGAAAGAGUUGACUUGUCCAGUUGCUGUAGGAAGUAGAUAGACAGGAGGAUGGGUAGUAGACGCAUAUCAAUUUUCUGCAGCACUCGUUUGUUGUUCUCCGGGGUCAAGGUGGUCGAGUAUCCGGCAUCCUCGAUCAACUGCAGCGCCUGGUCCUGCUUAGGGCCAGCAUCGACGUGGACUGAUGAGGUAGGCCUUCCAGCCUCUUCAGCCUCGAUGGACUCGAUAGACUCGACAAACUCAUCCUGCUGACGCUUCGACUGGGUGGCGUCUCCGUGCUGCGACAUUGCUAGGCCGCAAAGCGAAUAAUUCAAUAGAGCAAAUAAGAUCUGAAAUUGGCAGCAAAUGGAGUAAGGUUCAAGAGGAUCUCAGAUGAGCGAGGGGACCCAACUGACCCUUCCCACAAACGUAGGGGUGAGAGAAGAUAGUUAUAUCCGUCUCGGAAAGGAUCAACACCUGGGAAAGAUUAGGCCUCAUAGCACCCCGUGGGGAAGCCGAGUUUAUGGUUUCCCCGGACGACCGCACCACAAGUCCGAAAUCGCCAGAAAGUUUCCCUGUAAGUUCGCUGGCGCCCGCGUCAUCCUGGUGGCAUUCUCUAGCCGCCAGUCCACGCCAAUAUCCGAUUUGAAGCAGACCGGUAACUCUCUUGCCGUCACGGAGAACUUCCGUAGAUGGGAACCAAUCACUUCUUGGUGAUGGAAGGGGGAAGUGGUAUGAGAAUGACCAGGCUAUUCACAAUAGUGGCCAAAAGCCCAGGAGGAUGCAGGUCGGGCGACUCGGCAAUGCUGAAGAAGGCUUAGCGGUCGGGUUUCGGCUGGCAAAACCGACGCUAUCGAGAGAUUUGAUGCAAGUAUGGAUGCAAGUUUUCGUAAAAAAAUUAGCAUGUUGGCGCUUUAGCUUCGGUCGGCGCCAGCCGUCUGUGGUCCGGCGUGUCUGGGGCCCCGUUUUCUCGACAGUUCGCCUGGAUGAAGUGGGGAAUCAGCCGAGUGCGGCGAGUCGAGACUUGGGUAUCGGUCCGUCGGGCGCUCAGCAACUUUCUGGGACCAUCCUGGGCAGCACUUGAGACUUCCCAGGGACCGGUUGGUGGCAAGGGCCGUUGCACGUUGGGGGAGUUUGUCUGGAGAGAGUCGGGGGGGGAGCCGCACCUCGGAGAUCAGCCCCGAGCGCCGACUGUAUACUCGCCCCACACUUGCGAAGUACUCCAACAAUCGGACGCGGGGCAUGAGGAGACUCACGAGUUUCGUCAUUGCACGGAAUGUUACAAAUAACAUGGACCGCCGGGGGCAUUGCCUGAUCUCAAUUCCAUUCUCGUGAAGUUUCCUCACGUAACACAUUUCCAUCAUGCCUCAAAGAGAGAUCCUCCCCAAGGGGUACCAAGAAGUUGCCUCGAGCGCACAGCAAGAUGCCGCCGUGCAUCUCCGCAGCUCCUCCGGCAAGACUGCAUUUGACUUCUCCUUUGAGGCUGUUCGCCAGAAUCUCUUCCGGGUGACCUUCUCUUCUGCAGAGCGUCCAAUCUCACCCUUCCCCAACGUCACUAGGCCCGAGACCGAUCUCAAGGGUCUCAAAGUCAACACCAAGGAGGAAGGCUCCUCCAAGACCAUUGACGUGGCCGGCGUGACCGCAAAGGUGGAAUGGGAACAAACACCGGUCGUGUCUCUCUCAUGGACAGGCUCAGACAAGCCUCUGCACUGCGAUCUGCCUCUGCGAUCAUACGUCGCUGAUGGCCCGGGUGUUGCCCACUACUCGGUGCACGACCGCAAUGCUCUUCACGUUGGACUGGGUGAAAAGGCCGCGCCAAUGGACCUUACUGGCCGUAACUUCCAGCUGACCGCUACCGACUGCUUCGGCUACGAUGUCUACAAAACCGACCCUCUUUACAAGCACAUUCCUCUCCUGAUCAAGGCCACACCGGAAGGUUGUGUCGCUUUGUUCUCUACCACCCACGGUCGAGGCUCGUGGUCCGUUGGUGCCGAGAUUGAUGGUCUUUGGGGUCAUUUCAAGAUCUACCGUCAGGACUAUGGCGGUCUGGAGCAGUACAUGAUCGUUGGCAAGACCAUCAAGGACGUUGUCCGCUCAUACGCCGAACUGGUCGGUUUCCCACUGCUGGUUCCCCGUUGGGCCUACGGAUACAUCUCUGGUGGUUACAAGUACACCAUGCUGGAUAACGCUCACGAGGCUCUUCUCGAAUUUGCUGAGAAGCUGAAAGAGCACGGAAUUCCUUGCUCUGCUCACCAGAUGUCGUCAGGGUACUCAAUUGCUCCCGUGGAACCCAAAGUUCGUAAUGUCUUCACCUGGAACUACGAACGUUUCCCAGACCCCCAGAAGUGGAUUUCCCAAAUGCACGAGCACGGCAUUCGUCUCAUCUCCAACAUCAAGCCAUUCCUGUUGGAAUCUCACCCCGACUUCCAGCGUCUUAUUGACGGCCGUGGAUUCUUCACCGAUCCCGAGACCGACAAGCCCGGAUACAUGCGCCUGUGGAGUGCCGGUGGUGCCACCGGUGGUGAGGGCUGCCACAUUGAUUUCACAUCUGAGGCUGCUUUCAAGUGGUGGCACGACGGUGUCCAGAGCCUGAAGAAGGUCGGUAUCGACGGCAUGUGGAAUGACAACAACGAGUACACUCUGCCUAGCGAUGAUUGGACUUUGGCUCUCGACGAUGCGAUGGUCAACAAGGACGCGAAGAAGACCGCUGAGAACAAUGUCGGUCAAUGGGGCCGUGCCCUCCACACCGAGCUUAUGGGCAAGUCUUCCCACGAUGCUCUGCUGGGUAUGGAGCCGAAUGUUCGACCAUUCGUCCUUACUCGCAGUGCUACUCCCGGCACCAUGCGCUACUGCGCCAGCACUUGGAGUGGUGAUAAUGUCACCAGCUGGGAGAACAUGAAGGGUGCAAAUGCCCUGUCCCUGAACGCCGGCAUUUCCCUCCUACAGUGCGAAGGACACGAUAUCGGCGGCUUCGAAGGCCCCCAGCCCUCCCCCGAGCUCCUCCUCCGCUGGAUUCAACUAGGCUGCAUGUCCGCCCGUUUCGCAAUCAACUGCUUCAAGACCUCCCCCGACAACAACUCCGUCGGCGAAGUUAUCGAGCCCUUCAUGUACCCCGAAAUCACCCAUCUCGUCCGCGACACCAUCAAGCGCCGCUACGAGAUCCUGCCUUACAUCUACUCGCUCGGACUGGAGAGCCACAAGGACGCAUCACCCUUGCAGCGCUGGGUGGGCUGGGGCUACGAAUCCGACCCGGAAGUAUGGGACAACAAGACGCUGAAGGACGGUGAAGAGCAGUUCUGGCUCGGCGACACCAUUCUCGUCGGUGGUGUUUACCGUGCCGGUGUCUCUAGUGCAAAGGUCUAUCUUCCCCGCAAGACCGGCGAUGCCUUUGACUACGGCUUCGUCAACAUGAACGCUCCUUACAACUACCUUGCCUCCGGUCAGUGGGUGGACAUCGAGUCGCAGUGGCGCGAGAGCAUUCCUCUUCUCGCUAAGAUCGGCGGUGCCAUCCCCAUCGGCAAGAACGUGCAUACCCGUGUCCUUGAAGACGAGACUGCGGCCUCGCAGGGCGUCAAGGAGAUCGAUGACUAUCGUGGCGUCGAAAUCUUCCCGCCCCAGGGAAGCUCGCACGGUGCCGUGUUCAGCAACACCUGGUACGAGGAUGAUGGUAUCUCGCAGCAACCCAAGACUGCGGUGUACACGCUCAGUUACAGCUCGACCCAGGAGACGGUUCUGGUGCACUUCGAGCGGGACGAGACAGCAGGCUUUGUGCCUGCGUGGAAGGAGCUGGAUAUCAUCCUGCACCAUGGUGACACUCGCCGCGUCGUCACUAGCUCUGGCCAGGAGAUUGUUCCCAAGGGCACUGAUUCUCGGGGCCGGGGUGUGUACACUGUUAAGGCUUGAGUUUGUGGCCGUGGUCAUGAAUUUCUUUUGUAUUAUGAAAAUCGUGGCUGGCAGCCUUGUGUUGUCUGGGGCCAUUGAUGAAUAUAGACGGUCUAGGUAUUAGGCAAUAUAGAUGGUUAGAAUGAAUAUAUUAUCUCAACAACAUAAG